AUCGUAUGUUAACGAAACGUCAUUUGACAAAAGUUUGCACUGACUUUUCUAUGCGCCAUCUUUUUCUCGUAGGCACCGACGUGUAGAAAACGUGUUGUGCGUAGGCUAGUGUCUAAUUUCCCAAUUUCCCAGCAAAAUGGGUUUCGUAAAGGUUGUUAAGAACAAACAGUACUUCAAGCGUUACCAAGUCAGGUUCCGCAGGCGUCGUGAGGGAAAAACCGAUUACUAUGCUCGCAAGCGCCUAAUCUUCCAGGAUAAGAACAAGUACAAUACACCGAAGUACCGACUAAUUGUUCGUUUGAGUAACCGCGACAUCACCUGCCAGAUUGCCUAUGCUCGCAUCGAGGGUGAUCGUAUUGUAUGCGCCGCCUACUCGCACGAAUUGCCGCGUUAUGGCGUUAAGGUUGGCCUAACCAACUAUGCUGCGGCAUACUGCACUGGAUUGCUAGCAGCUCGUCGUAUCCUGCAAAAGUUGCGCCUGGAUACACUGUACACUGGUUGUACUGAUGUUACCGGCGAGGAGUAUCUGGUCGAGGCAGUAGAUGAUGGUCCAGGUGCAUUCCGUUGCUAUCUGGACGUUGGUCUUGCUCGCACCUCUACCGGAGCUCGCAUAUUUGGCGCAAUGAAAGGAGCCGUGGAUGGCGGGCUCAAUAUUCCGCACUCUGUUAAGCGUUUCCCGGGAUACAGCGCUGAGAACAAGAGUUUCAACGCUGAAGUCCACCGUUCUCACAUAUUCGGACAGCAUGUCGCUGAUUACAUGCGUUCCUUGGAAGAGGAAGAUGAGGAUGCGUACAAGCGCCAGUUCAGCAAGUACGUAGCCCUCGGAAUCAAGGCUGACGAUAUCGAGAACAUCUACAAGAACGCCCACGCCGCCAUUCGUAAGGAUCCGUCCUUCACUAAGAAACCGGAAAAGAAGGUUACGAAGAAGCGCCACAACCUAGCCAAGCUUACGUUGGAAGCCCGCAAGGCGAAGAUUGCCAAACACAAGGCCGAAUUCCUCGCCAAGAUACAGGCCGACUCAGAAGCUUAAACUGGUUGAAUUUUCAAAUCAGGAUAACUCAGCUGGGUAAACAAGUUUGCUCGCUGUGCAGGGAGUUUGAACUAUGUUUUUUGAUAAUAAGCAGUUUGUUUAUUCAUGGAAUAAAUGUAAUGUUUUAUCUAGCUGAACAGUGAGCGAAAAUAAUGGCUUUUUACUACUAAUCACGUUCUAACGAUUAAGGUUCUAAUGUUAAUAUCUAUACUAAGCGGAAAUAUAUUGAAAGUUGAAAAUUUAAA